CCCGCGCCCUUUCACUUACGGCAGCCAGCCCGGUUUGCGGCAGCGCGGGUGUUUCCGGGCGGGCGCGACGCGCACGUGCAGGAAACAGUAGAGAAUGUCUUUUCGUGGAAGAGGAGGUGGAGGAGGAAGAGGAGGUGGCUUCGGCCGAGGAGGAGGCGGCGGUGACAGAGGUGGCUUCAACCGCGGCGGGCGAGGAGGUGGCUUUGCACGGGGAGGUGGACGAGGAGGCUUCAACAGAGGAGGAUAUGACCAGGGCCCUCCAGAAAGGGUAGUUUUGCUGGGAGAGUUCAUGCAUCCCUGUGAAGAUGACCUAGUUUGUAAAUGUAAAACAGAGGAAAACAAGGUGCCUUAUUUCAAUGCCCCAGUGUACCUGGAUAAUAAGGAGCAGAUUGGCAAAGUGGAUGAAAUAUUUGGACAGCUGAGAGACUUUUAUUUUUCAGUGAAACUGUCUGAGAACAUGAAAGCCUCUUCAUUUAAAAAAAUGCAAAAGUUUUACAUUGAUCCAGCAAAGCUGCUGCCUCUUCAGAGGUUUUUGCCAAGGCCCCCUGGAGAAAAAGGUGCUCCCAGAGGAGGUGGUAGAGGAGGACGUGGUGGUGGACGUGGGGGAGGAAGAGGCGGUGGUAGAGGAGGAUUUGGAGGAGGCAGAGGUGGAGGAAGAGGAGGAGGAUUCAGAGGAGGCAGAGGCGGAGGAGGAGGAGGAGGAGGAGGAUUCAGAGGAGGAAGAGGUGGUGGAGGAGGCUUUCGGGGAAGAGGACAUUAAAAAUGGAGCCAUGAGUAUCUCAUUGUCUUAUCAUGUCAUCUGCAGAAGCAAAGAACCAUGCAAAAUUUUGUAAAGGACCUUGAAAAUCUUUUUAUAAAGAACUUGAAUCUACAAAUGACAAUUAUUUUUACACUUCAUGACUGUUGAUGGAUGCACGAGGAGAGUGCAGCCCCAGGUGAAGAGCUGAAGAUUGCUCAGUGUAAACUUUUGUAACUGAGUCACGAUUUGAUGUUAUUCUCAAACUGUUUGUCUCUGACAAGCAGUGCAGUCAGUGCUUAACUCCAUGUUGGAGUUGGGAGUAAAUAAUCAGUUGAAAUGAGUUUUCAGAAGACCCUGCAGGUUCACUGCAUGCACAUACUUCAGUGUGAACCAGUGCAUGACUGAUCCUUGGUUCUCAUUCUCCUUUUAUAUUGAAUCUUCUGGACAUGCCAUUUAAACAACCUUUGUGAACCUUUUUUUAUAAAUUAAAUUUCAAACUUUUGUGUUGAUAGUU